AUGCACAAAACUCCGACUGAAAAGCGCUCUGGCACCUGGGAAAGUUCCCUUACAAUUCAAACUAUUGCCCUUAUAACAUAUUUAAUGGAAGUUAAAAAAGUCAAUGGACCUUAUUUAAUUAUUGUGCCAUUAUCUACAUUAGCUAAUUGGGUUAAUGAAUUUGUUAAAUGGUCACCAGCUGUUUCAACAAUUAUAUUUAAAGGUAAUCCACAAAUACGUAAAACACUUGGUCAAACAUUACGAAGUGGUAAAUUUAAUGUUCUAUUAACAACAUAUGAAUAUAUUAUCAAAGAUAAAGCAUUAUUAGCAAAAAUAAAAUGGCGUUAUAUGAUAAUCGAUGAAGGUCAUCGAAUGAAAAAUCAUCAUUGUAAAUUAACACAAGUACUUAAUACAUAUUAUAUUGCACCACAUCGUUUAUUAUUAACUGGUACACCAUUACAAAAUAAAUUACCUGAAUUAUGGGCAUUAUUAAAUUUUCUUUUACCAUCUAUAUUUAAAUCAUGUACAACAUUUGAACAAUGGUUUAAUGCGCCAUUUGCUACAACAUGUGAAAAAGUUGAACUUAAUCCUGAAGAAACAUUACUUAUUAUAAGACGUUUACAUAAAGUUUUACGACCAUUUCUUUUACGUCGUCUUAAAAAAGAAGUUGAAUCACAAUUACCAGAUAAAAUUGAAUAUGUAAUUAAAUGUGAUAUGUCAGCAUUACAAAGAGUAAUGUAUAAUCAAAUGCAAACAAGCGGAAUGCUUCUUACAGAAGAUAAAAAUGGUAAAACAACUAAUCCAAAAGCCUUAAUGAAUACAAUUAUGCAAUUACGUAAAAUUUGUAAUCAUCCAUUUAUGUUUAAUGAAAUCGAAGAAAAACUUUGUCAACAUUUCAAUUAUACAAGCAGUGUUUGUUUAGGAGCUGAUCUUUAUCGUGCAUCGGGUAAAUUUGAAGUACUCGAUCGUAUAUUACCAAAAUUAAAAGUAACAAAUCAUCGUGUUUUACUCUUCUGUCAGAUGACAUCGCUCAUGACAAUAAUGGAAGACUAUUUUGCUUAUAAAAAUUUUACUUAUUUACGUCUUGAUGGUCAAACAAAAUCUGAAGAACGUGGUGAUUUAUUAGCGAAAUUUAGUGAAGCUAAUUCAGAUUAUUUCAUAUUCUUAUUAUCAACACGUGCUGGUGGUUUAGGUUUAAAUUUACAAAAAGCAGAUACAGUUGUUAUAUUUGAUUCAGAUUGGAAUCCACAUCAAGAUUUACAAGCACAAGAUCGUGCACAUCGUAUUGGUCAAGUAAAUGAAGUUCGUGUUUUACGUUUAAUGACAGUAAAUAGUGUUGAAGAAAAAAUCUUAGCUGCAGCUCGUUAUAAAUUAAAUGUUGAUGAAAAAGUUAUUCAAGCUGGAAUGUUUAAUAAUAAAUCAACAGGAAAUGAACGAAGACAAUUUUUACAACAAAUUCUUUUACAAGAAACUGAAGAAGGUGAUGAAGAAGAAGAUGAAGUUCCUGAUGAUGAAAUUAUUAAUCAAAUGAUUGCACGAAGUGAAGAUGAAUAUAAUUUAUUUAAUAGAAUGGAUCGUGAACGAAGACAUGCUGAAGCUCGUAUGCCUAAUAGAAAACCACGUCUUUUUGAAUUAUCAGAAUUACCAGCAUGGUUAACAAAAGAUCCAAAAGAAUUUGUAAAUGCUCUAAUUGAUCAAGAAGCAUUAGAUUUAUUUGGACGUGGUACAAGACAACGAAAAGAAGUUGAUUAUUCGGAUUCAUUAACUGAAAAAGAAUGGCUAAAGGCAGUUGAAGAUGGAACAUUAAAUACAACUGAACAAGAUAAAAAACGUCGACGUAAACGACGUGUUCUUAAUGUUGAUAUAGAUGAUGAUGAUGAUGGUCAACAUGAUGAAAUAGAUGUUCGACAAGGUGAUAAUGAUUUUGAUUGUAUGGAUACAAAAUUUGGUAAACGAAUGGGAAAACGUAAAUUGAAAGAAUCAAGUAAAAAUUAUUCAAAUGAACCAAUACCAUCAAAAUUAUAUAAACAAAUGCAAACUUUAUUAGAUUUUGUUAUUAAAUAUCGAGACAAUGAUGAUAAUCGAAUUUUAAGUAAACCAUUUAUGCGUUUACCAACACAAAAAGAAUUACCAGAAUAUUAUGAUAUGAUUAAAAAUCCUGUUGAUUUUAAUAAAAUUAAGAAAAAACUUAGUGAAUAUCGUUAUCGGAAUAUAGAUGAACUUGAAGCUGACGUUAUGCUUUUAUGUAAAAAUGCUCAAGAAUUUAAUAUGGAAAAUUCAAAUAUCUAUGAAGAUUCAAUUAUUCUUCAAUCAGUAUUUACAAAUGCACGUGAACGUCUUGAAAAAGGUGAAAUACCAAUUAGUUCAAAUUCAGAAGAAGAAUCAGAUGAUGAUGAACCACUGAAAAAACGAGUUAAAAAAGAAACUGGUACAAAAAAGAAAUCUCAAACUCAAUCACGUACAUCUGGUCCUGGAAGUAAUAGUUCAAGUAAUCGACGUAAAGCUCGUAUAAUGAGCGAUGAUGAAGAUAUAACAAUGGAUGAAACAAAUCAAUCAUCUUAUGGCGGUAUCGAUGAUGAUGAUGAAGGAACUCGUGGUUCUGGUUCACGUCAAAAAUAA